AUGAUAAGGGACCAAAUCGUCGAGAAAUGUUCCUCCCAUAUCCUAAAGCAAAGGCUUCUCCAGCAAGGAGACCUUUUCCCAGCCAAGACGGUGAAAAUAGCUCGUAACGCGGAGACGGCCGUUCAAGAAGCGCGACUACUCUCCCAAGGUUCCAAAGGGAACGCAAUCACCGUUAACCACGUGCGUACCUCUAGCAGAACACCAGCGAAACGCUCUAACUGUUACAGUUGUAGUGGCACGGAAGGUCACAGCCCAAGUAAGUCGGUGGUGCGCUAAAAUCAACUUGCAACAACUAUAAAAAGGUUGGGCACCUACAAUGAGUUUGUCGUUCCAAGCAUGA